UUGUUGCAGGAUUUCAGCAGCGAGAGCGCCACACAGAAUUAGAUAAGAGGGGGAAGAAGAGAUGGACGAGCAGACGAGGUUGAUGCACUCUCACACCGGGGUGGGCAUGGCAGGACACCCCGGGCUGCCGCAGCACAUGCAGGACAGCACCGGAGGGACGGACGGCGACGGCAGGAAACAGGACAUUGGAGACAUUUUACAGCAAAUCAUGACCAUCACAGAUCAGAGUCUGGAUGAAGCGCAAGCCAGGAAACACGCUCUCAACUGUCACAGAAUGAAGCCAGCUCUUUUCAAUGUCUUGUGUGAAAUCAAAGAGAAAACAGUGCUGAGUAUCCGUGGCGCCCAGGAGGAGGAGCCCCCAGAUCCCCAGCUCAUGCGGCUGGACAACAUGCUGCUGGCGGAGGGCGUGUCCGGUCCGGAGAAGGGCGGGGGUUCAGCGGCGGCGGCGGCUGCAGCGGCGGCCUCGGGAGCCGCGGCGGCGGAAAACUCUACGGAGCACUCCGACUACAGGGCCAAGCUUACCCAGAUCAGACAGAUCUACCACACAGAGCUGGAGAAGUAUGAACAGGCAUGUAACGAGUUCACCACUCAUGUGAUGAACCUGUUGAGGGAGCAGUCACGCACGCGGCCCAUAUCGCCCAAAGAGAUCGAGCGCAUGGUGAACAUCAUCCACCGCAAGUUCAGCUCCAUCCAGAUGCAGCUCAAACAGAGCACCUGCGAGGCUGUCAUGAUCCUGCGCUCCCGCUUCCUCGAUGCCAGACGAAAAAGACGAAACUUCAACAAGCAGGCGACAGAGAUCCUGAACGAGUAUUUCUACUCGCACCUCAGUAACCCCUACCCGAGCGAGGAGGCUAAAGAGGAGCUGGCAAAGAAGUGCGCCAUCACAGUGGCCCAGGUACGCACACACAUCACUGCCACACACACCCACACCACCUGUAGGAGCACUGCUGCACACAGAGCUGUGAGAACGAACGAUUUUCAGUCUGACGGAGCAGUUUCUAACUGGUUUGGGAAUAAAAGAAUCAGAUACAAGAAAAACAUUGGUAAGUUCCAAGAAGAAGCCAACAUGUACGCUGCGAGAACUGCCGUGAAUGCGGCUAAUGCAUCCUCACAUGGAAGCCAAGCAAAUUCACCCUCAACUCCAAACUCUGCAGGUUCUGCUGGCUCUUUUAACAUGUCAAACUCCGGGGACUUGUUCAUGAGCGUGCAGUCUCUCAAUGGGGACUCGUACCAGGGGGCUCAGGUGGGAGCCAACGUGCAGUCACAGGUGGAUACCCUUCGCCAUGUUAUCAGUCAGACAGGCGGAUACAGUGAAGGACUCACAGCCAACCAGAUGUACAGUCCGCAGGGCAUCAAUGCAAACGGUGGCUGGCAGGAUGCUCCGACCCCCUCGUCAGUGACUUCACCUACAGAAGGACCCGGAAGCGUUCACUCUGACACCUCCAACUGA